AAACACAAUACCGAACCGGAUCAAUUCAACAAACGUGAAAUAAAUCGAAGCGGGCCAGGUCAAGUAGGUAGCCCUCUCAAUGAUUAAGAGGGAACCAGCUGUAUCCAGAGACCCUCUGAGUCAGUAAGAAGCUUCUAAGAGGGACAGGAAACGGUAAAAAAAACACGAGUUAUGUCCGGUAAUAUCAAAAUGGCAAAAAUCAUUCAUUUCAAGAAAGAAAAGAGUAGAGAGAGUCUCACACAGCUAUAAAGGCCCAAAAACACCAAUCCACCGACGAGUAUUGUAGAUUUAGAGGUCUACAACUAAAAGCCUUUGUGUGUGCCAGAUUAGCUCCCUACUAAUCCGCCGCCGCACCUCCUCGAUCUCCGCCCAGCUCCCUUCUUUUCUAUCUAUCUAUUCAGUUGUUUCUCCGGUAACAACCAGCUGAGGAAGAAGAAGAAGUAGUAGCCGUGAUGAUGAUGAUGACGUCACUUGGUGGUGGUGCUGGAGGCGGCGGAGGAGGUGGUGGUAGUGGUGGUGGGAGAUUUGUGACGUAUCCGCCGCCUCUAUCUGUGCCUCCGUCGGCUCCUCAGUCACCUAACUUCUCUGGUGGUCUCCGAUCACAGCCUUCUUUCCUCGUUGAGCAAGAGAAGUAAUUAUAUCAAUCUCUAUGUUUUUCGCUUUGUCUUAUAGUUGACUUGUUUCUUGAUCUCUGUUAUACUGAUUUGGAUCUCAAAGUCUUAAUUUUUAUCGCAAAUCUUAAAACUUUUUUUUUGUUUUUCGUAUCGUAUUUUUCAUUUCUGGUUCUGGUUUCUCAUACUGAGAUCUAUGCUUUCUACUUCUGAUGCCCCCGUCGAUUUUCAAAUAUAUAUGGAUGAGUUCUUACCUACCUACCACUGCAAAUUAAGCUCCUUUUGAGCUCAAUAUACUUCAAUUGUGGAUUGGUUUCUAUAAAAUAUCCAACUUUUAAAUUUCAAAACAAUUUAUCUAAAUCUAUCAACUUAGUUUGUGUUUGUAUCGACAGGGUAAUGGAUUGUUAGUGCCACAGGUGUUAUAAAAUCGUAUGUUGUGUUCAUUUCGUGUUUGUUGACUUGUGUUCAUGAAGCUAUGAAUUCUCCACUCUGCCUAGAUGCUGAUGUUUGGAGACGGAUUUGCUAAAUGAAUUUGAAUACAUUAAUCUACUGACAUUCAUAUUCCGCUUAUUAAACGUGAUUAUUAAGUGAAAAUGAGUGGAUCUUCUUGUAUGCUCAAGGUCAUACUAAUCUGGAUAAUCUGCAAUUUCUCUUCUUUUUUUUCAGGUAUCUUUCUGAGUUACUUGCAGAGCGUCACAAGCUUACUCCAUUUUUGCCUGUGCUUCCACAUGUUUGCCGGCUCAUGAACCAAGAAAUUUUGCGUGUAACCACGCUGUUGGAGAAUGCCUUAAGUCAGAGUAGGUUUGAUCACCCUAGCCCUCUGGCUUCUGGAGGGAUAUUUCAGAAUUCAAGAGCUGACAUGAACGGAUGGGCCUCACAAUUUCCAUCAGAAAGAUCGGUUUCAUCAUCCCCAGCACCAAAUUGGCUUAACUCUCCUGGUAGCUCGUCCGGUCUCAUCGUCAAGCGAACAAUAAGGGUGGAUAUUCCAGUCGACAAAUACCCAAACUACAAUUUUGUCGGUCGUCUCUUGGGUCCUAGAGGAAACUCCCUCAAACGAGUUGAAGCGAGUACUGAUUGUCGUGUUCUAAUAAGGGGUAGAGGCAGCAUUAAAGAUCCGAUUAAGGAGGAUAUGAUGAGAGGUAAACCUGGUUAUGAGCACCUCAAUGAACCACUCCACAUCUUAGUCGAGGCAGAAUUACCCAUUGAAAUAGUGGACGCACGUCUCAUGCAAGCCCGUGAAAUACUCGACGAUCUACUUACUCCCGUGGAGGAAACCCAUGAUUUCUACAAGAAACAACAGCUACGGGAAUUGGCCCUUCUCAACGGCAGUCUUCGAGAAGAAGGAUCUCCAAUGUCUGGUUCCAUCUCACCUUACAAUAGCCUCGGCAUGAAGAGAGCUAAGACAAGGGGCUAA